AUGUUGAAUCGGAUUUCCGAAUCGGUCCUCAUCUCUGCGCCGGACGCAGAUAUACGGCACUACGAAGCUAUCGAGGGAGCAGAUCUCCCCAAGACAUCGGACUUCAAUCUUGUCAUUCUGACUGGGGGUACCUGGGAUCUUUCAAAAGCUGUCCUAGAUCCAUGGGUCGCAAAGGUCGUGGACUGGGUCAAAGACUGCGUCAACUUCCCCGAUAUCAGGGUCAUCGGUCUUGUUGGGGUGACCAAGUCAUAUCGAGAGCAUUUGGCGGCACCGUCGCUUUUCGAGAGGGCGGAACAUUGGUCAAUCGCGGUCGAAAACAUCCCUGUAACUCCACGAGGGCGAGAGUUUUUCGAGGGACAGCAAGCUUUGCGGCUACAUAAAUUUCACAAGCGCGUGGUGUCCGUUAUUCCUGAAGGAUCUCAGCAGCUUGGCGUGAGAGCAGAGAUUUUGAUCUUGGACUCAAAUCAAAUAUUGACAUUCCAAGGUCACCUGGAGAUGACAGCAGCUAUCUCACAGUCAUUUGUUGAGCAAGGUGACACAUCGUACCUCACCGACCUGGGCCCGGAAGGUCAUGCACGAUUGCGAAAAUCUCUUGAGGCCGCUCACAAUGGAGACCGAACGUUUGCAAGGGCUUUGUCCUGGGCAUUUGAACCGUUAAAUAAAUAA